GCGGCGGACACAAAGAGCUGAGGCCGACAGCAGAGACCCUCUCACAGCGGGACACAGCGGGACACAGCCGGGACACAAGCUCUGGACGCGGCCUGGAGCGCAGACGAUCCGCCGCUGCUGAAUGCUCUCACGGUUCGCUCGGGAAUCUGUCGGUAACCGGAGAGUUACCGUAAACUUUGGACAAGUUGAGGAAGAGUUUGUGUCGGAGUUGUUCAGCUCGAGAGUGGGGGACGGAGAGGACUGAAAAAAUGCCAAGUUUGAUCCGGGCUCUGGUCGCCUGGAGCUGGGUGGCGGUGUGCGUCCGCGCCGCGAUGGAUGAGUGCACGGACGAGCGCGACGCGCCGCAGCGCUGCAUGCCCGAGUUCGUUAACGCCGCUUUUAACGUCACCGUGGUGGCGACCAACACCUGCGGCUCCCCGCCGGAGGAGUACUGCGUGCAGACCGGCGCCACCGGGGUCACCAAGUCCUGCCACAUCUGCGACUCCCGGGACUCCGGGAACCACCACAGCGCCGUGUACCUGACCGACUACAACAACCAGCAGGACACCACCUGGUGGCAGAGCCAGACCAUGCUGGCGGGCAUCCAGUACCCCGACUCCAUCAACCUCACCCUGCACCUCGGUAAGUCCUUCGAUAUCACCUACGUGCGACUCAAGUUCCACACCAGCCGUCCGGAGAGCUUCGCCAUCUACAAGCGGACCAGCGAGGGCGGCCCCUGGGUGCCGUACCAGUACUACAGCGGCUCCUGCGAGAAGACGUACCAGAAGGCGGGCCGCGGCUUCAUCCGCACCGGCGAGGACGAGCAGCAGGCGCUCUGCACCGACGAGUUCAGCGACAUCUCACCGCUCACCGGCGGAAACGUGGCCUUCUCCACGCUGGAGGGCCGACCCAGCGCCUACAACUUCGACAACAGCCCCGUCCUCCAGGACUGGGUGACGGCCACCGACAUCAGAGUGACCCUGAACAGGCUCAACACGUUCGGAGACGAGGUUUUCAACGACCCCAAGGUCCUCAAGUCCUACUACUACGCCAUCUCUGACUUCGCUGUGGGAGGAAGGUGUAAGUGUAACGGCCAUGCCAGUGAGUGUGUGAAGAACAGCAGAGGACAACUGUUGUGUAACUGCAAACACAACACGGAGGGCGACGACUGCAACGUCUGCAAACCGUUCUACAACGACCGGCCGUGGAGGAGAGCGACCGCCGAAAACCCCAACGAAUGUCUGCCCUGCGACUGUAGCGGGAAGAGCUCUGAGUGUUACUUCGAUGGCGAGUUGUACCGGGCCACCGGACACGGAGGUCACUGCAGGAACUGCGCCGACAACACGGACGGGCCCAACUGUGAGCGCUGCCUGGACAACUACUACAGAGAGCAGAGCGGCCGCUGCCUGCCCUGUGGCUGCAACACCGUCGGCUCAGAGUCUCCUCAGUGUGACAACAGAGGAAUGUGUGCGUGUAAACCGGGAGUGACCGGAGAGAAGUGCGACCGCUGCCAGCCGGGAUACCACAGUCUGACGGAGGCCGGCUGCAGGCCUUGUUCUUGCUCGCCCUCUGGCAGCACUCAGGAGUGUGACGUCAACACGGGACAGUGUCGCUGCAAAGAGAACGUGGAGGGCUUCAGCUGCGACAGGUGUAAACUGGGUUACUUCAACCUGGACCCCACCAACCCUCAGGGCUGCACCCCCUGUUUCUGCUUCCAGCACUCGUCUGUGUGCGACAGCGCCGAGGGCUUCAGCGUCCACAGCGUCAGCUCGUCCUUCUACAGAGAUGACGAACAGUGGACCGGUCAGCAGCGUGACGGAUCCAGCGUCUCCGUGCAGUGGUCUCCCAGCGGACAGGAAGUCUCCCUCAUCUCAGACGACUACUUCCCCAUGUACUUCAUAGCUCCGGAGAAGUUUUUGGGGAACCAGAUGCUGAGUUACGGACAGAACCUGAGUCUGAGUUUCCGAGUCGACCGGCGGGACACUCGGCUGUCGGCGGAGGAUCUGGUGCUCGAGGGAGCCAACCUGAGGGUGGCCGUCCCCCUCAUCGCUCAGGGCAACGCCUACCCCAAUGAGAACAUGCAGACAUACGUGUUCAGACUCCACGACAGCACUGACUACCCCUGGAGGCCGACCAUCAGCCACUCGGACUUCCAGAAACUUCUCCACAACCUGACCGCCAUCAAGAUCCGCGGCACCUACAGCGAGAAGAGCGCCGGUUACCUUGACGACGUCUCCUUGGUGACGGCGAGGCGGGCUCCAGGAGUUCCGGCCCGCUGGGUGGAGCAGUGCACCUGUCCUCAGGGUUACCAGGGUCAACACUGUGAGCAGUGCACUCUGGGAUAUCGCCGCGCCCGUCCAGAGCUCGGAGCCUUCAGCCCCUGUGAGCCCUGCAACUGUAACGGACACAGCGACGACUGCAAUGCCAACACAGGAGCGUGUGACUGUCAGGACAACACAGCUGGUUUGAGCUGUGAGCGCUGUAAAGACGGUUUCUAUGGCGACGCCACCCGGGGGACGUCAGGUGACUGUCAGCCGUGUCCCUGUCCGGCCGGAGCCACCUGCGCCGUCGUCCUCAAAACCAGAGAGGUGGUCUGCACCAACUGUCCCACAGGAACCACAGGUAAGCGCUGCGAGCUCUGUGAUGACGGUUUCUUCGGCGACCCUCUGGGUCAGAGCGGGCCGGUGCGAGCCUGCCGCGCCUGCAAGUGCAGCGACAACAUCGACCCCAACGCCGUCGGCAACUGCAACCGCGAGACCGGAGAGUGCCUCAAGUGCAUCUACAACACCGACGGCUUCUUCUGCGACCGCUGCAAGGAUGGUUUCUACGGCAACGCCCUGGCCACCAACCCCGCCGACAAGUGCAAACCCUGCUCCUGCUCGCCAUCCGGUACCGUCGACCGCCAAACCGGCUGCUCGCAGGUCACCGGUCAGUGUCAGUGCCUCCCCAACGUCGCCGAGCGCGACUGCAGCGCCUGUCAGCCCGGCUUCUUCAACUUGCAGAGCGGCAACGGCUGUGAACGGUGUAACUGCAACCCCAUUGGCUCCACCAACGGCCAGUGUGACAUCACUACGGGACAGUGUGAGUGUCAGCCCGGCGUCACUGGCCUGCACUGCGAACGCUGCGAGGUCAACUUCUUCGGCUUCAGCUCGUCCGGAUGCAAACCCUGCGACUGCGACCCCGAAGGCUCUCAGUCGGGUCAGUGUAAAGAGGACGGUCGCUGUGAGUGUCGGCCCGGCUUUGUUGGAGCUCGAUGUGACAUGUGUGAGGAGAACUACUUCUACAACCGCUCGGCUCCGGGCUGCCAGCAGUGUCCCUCCUGCUACAGUCUGGUCAGAGACAAGGUGAACCAGCAGAGGCAGAAGCUCCACGAUCUGCAGACUCUGAUCGAUAACCUCGGCUCGGGUCAGGACACUGUCACCGAUAAGGCCUUCGAGGAUCGGCUGAAGGAGGCGGAGAGAGCCAUAAUGGAGCUGCUGGAGGAGGCUCAGACCAGCAAAGAUGUAGACAAAGGUCUGCUGGAUCGUCUGAACAACCUCAACAACACUCUGACCACCCAGUGGAACCGGCUGCAGAACAUCCGCAACACAGUGGACAACACCGGCACUCAGGCCGACCGCGCCCGCAACCGAGUCCGAGACGCCGAGGACCUGAUCGACCGAGCCCGGCAGGAGCUGGACAAGGCCAAGGACGCCAUCAGUAAAGUGGACAUCAAACCCCCCAGCGGCACCGGAGAUGCAAACAACAUGACGCUGCUGGCAGAGGAGGCUCGGACGCUGGCUGAGAAGCACAAGAUGGACGCUGAUCAGAUUGAGAAGAUUGCCAAAGACGCCAACGACACAUCGACCAAAGCGUACAACCUGCUGCUGAAGACCCUGGAUGGCGAGGGCAAGACGAGUCAGGAGAUCACCGAGCUCAACAAGAAGUAUAACGAUGCGAAGGAGCUGGCCAAGAAUCUGGAGAAACAGGCCAACAAGGUUCAGGCCGAGGCCGAAGACGCCGGAGAAAAAGCUCUGAAGAUCUUCGCCAACCUGACCAGCCUCCCGCCGUUCGACACCAAGGCCCUGGAGGAUGAAGCCAGUAAGAUAAAGAAGGAGGCGUCGGACCUCGACAAACUGAUCGAUAAGACGGAGAAGGACUACAACGACCUCAGAGACGACCUGAAGGGCAAAGAGCAGGAAGUCCGCAAACUGCUGGAGAAAGGCAAAAGUGAGCAGCAGACUGCGGAUCAGCUUUUGGCUCGAGCCGACGCUGCCAAAGCUCUGGCUGAGGAGGCGGCGAAGAAGGGUCAGUCCACCUUCAGAGAGGCCGAGAGCAUCCUGGAAGACCUCCGAGACUUCGACAAGAGGGUCAAUGACAACAAGACCGCCGCAGAGGACGCCCUGAAGAAGAUCCCUGCCAUAAACGCCACCAUCAUGGCCGCCAACGACAAGACCAGGCAGGCAGAGGCGGCGCUCGGCAACGCGGCCGCAGACGCCCGAGAGGCCAAGAGCAAGGCGGAGGAGGCCGAGAGGAUCGCCAGCAACGUGCAGAAGGGCUCCGCCAAGACCAAGGACGAUGCGGAGAAGGCCUUGGAGGACACCAACAAGCUGGACAACGAGGUCAACGACAUGAUGACCGAGCUGGGCGCCGCAGAGCAGGAGUUGGCCAGGAAGAAGUCUGAGGCAGACCGGGACAUGAUGAUGGCUGGAAUGGCGUCAGACAACGCCAAGGAGGCUGAGGACAACGCCCGCAAGGCCAAGGGCGCUGUAAAGACGGUUCUGAGCACCAUCACCGCCCUGCUGGAGCAGCUGGGAAACAUCGACAAGGUGGACCUGAGCAAGCUCAACCAGAUUGAUGAGUCCCUGAAGAGCGCCAAGGGCAAGAUGGCCAACAGUGAGCUGGACAGGAAGCUGGCGGAGCUGAACGACGUGGCGCGGACCCAGGAGGACAUGAUCAACGACUACGACCGGCAGAUCCGCGAGAUCCGCGCCGACAUCACCAACCUCAACGACAUCAAGAACACGUUACCCGACGGCUGCUUCAACACGCCGUCCCUGGAGAGGCCUUAACCCCGCCCUCCUCCGUUACCCCCCCUCCACGUCUAACACUCCGGCGAACACGCCGACUUUUACCAAAACAGUUUUUUAAAACUUUUUUUUGUUUUCAGAUUCUUGUCUUUGAAGCCAAUCUUUCAAACAUGGCAGUUUGCAAAAGAGAAGCAGCUUUUACUUUUGUUUUUGUCCGAGACGCAGUGACGUGGUUACGGUAGGAUGAACUAAGCGCCGUAGAGAAGCCGUGCGGAGAAAAAACACAACCACAAACCCGACGUGACUGCACCCGUCAGGAGGAAGUUUCACCAACGCAGGAAGUUCCUCGCACUUGUUGGAACGUCUGCUCGUAUUUUCUGUCGAACCAGCCGUUACCCAUCAUGCCUGGGGAUCGCUACUUCAGUUUUACAGUUUUCAGUUAGCCAGAUGUUGGACUGUCAGAGCGCCACCAUGCUUGGCGUUGUUUUAUUUUCAGAAACCACACAGUGAAGGAAUCCUCUCCUCUUUUUUUUUCUUCUUAUUCUUUGCUCCCAAAGCUACGACAGUAUUUACACCUCCAACCAAUGGGAUGUGCUGCUGAGUGAAACCACGCCCACAAACAAAAAUGCAUUUCAAGAUCUGUGUCUCGGGUUAAUGUUAGAAGCUUAGCUUGUUCCCACAAGAUGAACGAGUCUUUGAGGACUUCAGGUUUCUCACUACGGUCAAACACCAUUUCCUGUCUGAUGUUUUAACACUACAGUCUCUGUUAUUAUCUGUCGUCCUCCAGAAGUCGCUGCUCGUCACUGGUGUUUCUACCCACAGACGUAGAAACGUAGAUAUUCUCCAUUUGACGUGUGUCUGAGUGGUCGCCAUAUUGCGGAGCUCAAUACAAGCUAGUUAUCAAUACUGUGAGAUUCAGACUGCACUACAAAAUCCACUAACAUGAUACUGGUUAGAAUUAAUUCAAUCACUGGGGGAUCCUUGUUUUGGUACAGAAAUCUACAUUUUUAGAGAAACCGAUGUUUCCCGUUCAUAGAUCAGAGCCCGCAGUGGAGGUUUUUGACAUAGCGCUGAUUAGCUCCGCCCCCCCGAGUGACUGAAUUAAUUACAACCGUAUUAGGAUACAUUUCUCACCUUUUAUAAACAAACCACAUUUAAUGAAAAUCGGUACAGAAUAAAGUCAUAGAGGAUUUUGUAGUGCAGUCUGAAUCUCUCAGCAUUGUUAACUAGCUCUUAUUGACCUCCGCAGUAUGGCGGAGGUCACAGGCAGCAAUGAGUAUAUAAUAUCUACAUUUCUAUAUCUCUGUUUUUACUGAUCACACGUUAACAUUUUCUUCCAGGCUAAAUCCAACACUAUGCAACUUUGUACAUUUUGCGUAGCAAGAAUUUUAUCUGAUACACUGGUGCUAAUAAUUAUUUCAAAUGUUAUAUUUUUGUGUGAAUGUUUUUUAUUAUGACAUAGAGUGAGGAGUUUGUUAUUUGUGUAAAUAUAUGCUUAAAAAAAUGAUUCAGGAGUGGCUGAUUAAGAAAUAAAACUCCAACAUGCAAACAGCCACGUUAAGUUUUAUCACAAUCAAUCAACUGAAACCUCCAGGUUAAAUAUAUAUAAAUAUCUAUGAUAACGUCUGUGGUAUGUUAUUAUUAUAAUACGCUUGCUUGUAUACACGGCUCAGUGUUGCUGCCUCAUAGCGAUGCCAAUAUUUCAUGUGUUUUAUUGAUUCUGUGGGUUUUCACACGUUAAUUCAACCUAACUGAAUAUUUUUUUGUUUAGUUUCUUUUUGAGAUUUGACCCUUUUUACCGAUCAGGACACUCAGUCACACGUUGCUACAGUAGUUAUUAAUUAGUGUUUUGUGCCUUAAUAUAAAGUAAUCACAGUCCCAAUGAGGGCGUCCAUGUUUUAUUUCACAAAUGUCCUUGUCACACCGUCUCCUCACGUCGGUACUGAAGCAGGGUCUUCGUAAAAAACCAGGUCCUGAACAGAGAAAACUUCUCCAGCAGAUCGAAUAUUAUCUGAACUGGACUCGUUAUCGUCCCUCCAUCCAGACGGCGCUCUGCCGGCUGUGCAGCGCACACAGACAUGAUGUAUAAACAGUAUUUUAAGUUAUAAUGUACCAGUUAUUUGUAUUGUAACCCUGUUGUCUUAGAUGGUGAUGUAUGUGCUGUGCAGCCUGCAGGACUCCUCUGCACCGUGUCUCCAGCCCUGUGAGGACCUGAACGACCCUGUGUGUUCACAUGUGCCUGUAAAUCCAAACUUAACAUUUGAAUAAUAAAAAAUUACUACAGGAA